GUCCCCGUUCAAUACGGCGCUGACGUCAUGCUGUCGUUGUAGCUGGCGUCUUUCGCCUGCGACGGGUUCGCCGUGGUUUGGGGCAGCCACCACUUAGUCGUUGACGGGUGUGCGCUGUCAAUGAUCGCCAACGCGUGGUCCGAGCUCGCGCGGUCCGGGAUGAUUGCCGCGGCGCCGAACCUCGACUGCUCGGUGUUCCGCCCUCGCGCACCGCCGACCUACAGCAGUUCGGUGGGGAAAUUGUUCAUGCCGCUGGAGCGUGAGCGUCUUGUCAACGCCCUGACGGCUAGUGUCUCCAAGGUCGGGCGUACCUACUACGUCGAGGAGCAGGACCUCGCCAUGCUUCGCGCCCAGGCGGGCGGCCGCGCAACCCUUCUGGAAGCGGUGUGUGCGUACAUAUGGAAGGUGUUCGCUGCCGUGGUGGGCUCGUCCGACGAGAAAUGUCGCAUGGGCUGGUGGGUUGACGGGCGCCGGCGCCGGCGUCUCACCACCGCCGCCCCGGCGGCGAUGCGCAACUACGUCGGGAACGUCAUAACGUAUGCGGUGGCGGAGGCGAGCAUGGAAGGGAUCAGGCGGUUGCCGCUCCCGGGAGUUGCGUCGAUGGUGCGUGAGUCAAUCAAGUCGGCGGUUAACGACGAGCACUUCCAGGAGCUGCUGGACUGGGUGGAGCAAGGGUGCGGCGAAGUACGUCGAGACGGCGACUGUCGGGGUGGGUGGGUAGCCCGGUGCUGA